AUGGCAACAACCGGCUCGAGCGACGUUUACGACACAAUCCUCAGGUUUGGAGACUACUACCAAAGGAGAUACUUUCUUGAGACGAAUGCAAUGAGAACAGCGCACAAGACGCUGAGUCCGGAAGACGUUGCUUAUUAUGAGCGAAUCCUCAACCAGGCAGACCUCUCUAAGGUCUUUGAAGACCAGCUGAACCGUGACACCGGCUUUUAUUGCAGCGUGAUGAAUCAGAUUCAGUCCAUCUUGCGAGUCUGGGAUGCAGUUCUUAGGGAGAAAAUCCGCUUUGACGCAGAAGGCUGGCCGUCGACUAACAGACAAUUCAUCGAGUCGUUUCUUUUAUGUCUACGCACUGUCCCCGGCCAAAUGAGGAUUGGCUAUCUCGGGCCGUCUGGAGACCAUACUACGGGCGCAUACAGUUAUCCAGAGGGACUCCCGAUAAUUCUCAGCGAAGAGGAGCCACCCCACGAAAGGGACAGCCAGACAUUAUCCCAGUCUAGCAGCGCUAUGUCAUUCGGGGAACUUACUGGGGUGAACUUUCCUGCCGCGGUUACUGAAACAGGGCCAUUUGACAAGAUAGAGGGUCAAGGUCUCCAAGGCUCACCUAGUGACACGGCUUAUGAUGCUCGCACUCUCCGCCCGAGGGCCAGAGAUCACGAGGUUAUUUCCGUUUCGAGCGACGACGGCGACGACAGUGACGAAAGCUUUCGUCUUGUUUACGGUACCCCAGUCCCCCUACCCCAAGAGAACCAGUCCAGCAACUACACCUGGGACGGAAAUAUGGCCACACUGGAUCCGAGUGAGCUGCUGUUUGGGGAUCUCGACUACCCGAUUGGCGAUCUAGGAGUAGAGGAGAUUUUCGAUUCCGGUUCCCCUGCUCAAAUGCCCUCCCUGGAGGCCAAUGAUCCUUGGUCAGGGUCCUCUGGUGUGGAUAUAAGCGAUACACAGCCACUGCUAGGCACCAUGCCACAGGAGGAGGGGGAUGGAAAACGACGGUCUAAAAGACUGCGACUUUCCAAGCCAGGGCUUCUAGUUCCAAAAAAGCGCAAAUUUUCAGAGCUCGAGAGUCUCGAAGAACGCCGCAAAGCAACACCUUAUGCAGAGCAUCGGUGUAUGGCUAAGGGGCGGGCCCGUCGCCAGCAAAAGACCGCCUCUCCUAAAUAA